AUGCAGCAGCGGACAGUUGGGUACUUGUCCCUCGCAGUGACAUGGCUGGUGGUUGUGUUGUGCGUGAUUGGUUUCCUCCGGGCGCGGGGGAACCCUCAGGGCACGUACUACUGGUGCUGGGUCCUGCUGUGCCCCACGGGCGUGUGGCUGUGGGUCGUCACCGCGUGGUGCAACUACCAGCUCUUCCGCAACGCGAAACCCCGCGGGUACAAGCAGUACAGCUACUUCACGCAGUACCACGCUGAUUAUGUAUCCAAUCUAUAA